GCUAACCUGUGCUUUGUGGAUGUAGACAACCAUUUCAUUGAGCUGCCAGAAGACUUACCCCAGUUCCCAAAUAAACUUGAGUUUGUUCAGGAAAUUUCAGAGAUACUAAUGGCUUUUGGAAUUCCGCCUGAGGGAAACCUUCACUGCAGUGAAAGUGUCUCCAAGAUGAAGAGUGUCAGAGCAUGUGACCUUGUUUCUGAUAAAAGAAAUGGGAAUAUAGCAGGAUCACCUUUGAAUUCCUAUGAGCUGCUGAAGGAAAAUGAGACUAUUGCAAGACUCCAAGCACUUGUUAAAAGAACAGGUGUGAGUCUAGAAAAGUUGGAGGUGCGAGAGGAGACCAGUAGCAAAAAGGAUCUUAAAAUUCAGUGUGAUGAAGAAGAAUUCAAGAUUUACCAGCUGAACAUUCAAAUCCGUGAAGUGUUUGCCAACCGCUUUACACAAAUGUUUGCAGAUUACGAAGUGUUUGUCAUUCAGCCCAGUCAGGACAAGGAAUCUUGGUUUACAAACAGGGAACAGAUGCAAAACUUUGAUAAAGCAUCUUUCUUGUCAGACCAGCCUGAACCUUACUUGCCUUUCCUCUCAAGAUUCCUGGAGACCCAAAUGUUUGCAUCUUUUAUUGACAAUAAGAUUAUGUGCCAUGAUGAAGAUGAUAAAGACCCUGUUUUGAGAGUAUUUGAUUCUAGAGUGGAUAAAAUUAGGCUGCUAAAUGUUAGGACACCCACUCUGCGCACAUCGAUGUAUCAGAAGUGCACAACCAUUGAUGAGGCUGAGAAAUCUAUUGAAUUAAGGCUAGCAAAAAUAGAUCACACUGCAGUCCAUCCACAUUUGCUGGACAUGAAAAUCGGACAAGGGAAAUAUGAGCUUGGAUUCUUUCCCAGGCUUCAGUCUGAUGUUUUAUCCACUGGACCAGCAAGCAACAAGUGGACAAAGAGAAAUGCUCCUGCACAGUGGAGGCGGAAGGACAGACAGAAGCAACACACAGAGCACUUACGUCUUGACAAUGAUCAGAGAGAGAAGUACAUCCAAGAAGCCAGGAAUCUGGGCAGCACUAUCCGGCAGCCCAAGCUGUCCAACCUCUCUCCGUCGGUCAUUGCGCAAACAAACUGGAAGUUUGUAGAAGGCUUGUUGAAGGAAUGCCUAAAUAAGACCAAGAGAAUGUUGGUUGAAAAAAUGGGUCGAGAAGCUGUGGAGCUAGGUCAUGGUGAAGUGAAUAUCACAGGUGUAGAAGAGAAUACCCUGAUAGCCAGUCUGUGUGACCUCUUAGAAAGGAUAUGGAGUCAUGGUCUGCAAGUCAAACAGGGGAAGUCUGCUUUGUGGUCUCAUUUGUUACACUAUCUAGAAAACAGACAGAGAAAAACUACAUCAGGCAGCUUCAGUACCUCAGGAAUACUUCUUGAUUCAGAAAGGAGGAAGUCUGAUACUAGUCCAGCCAUGUCACCUCUCAGAAUCUCUCUCAUCCAGGAUAUGAGGCAUAUCCAGAAUAUUAGUGAGAUCAAAACAGAUGUUGGCAAGGCCAGAGCCUGGGUUCGUCUCUCUAUGGAAAAAAAGUUGCUCUCUAGGCAUCUAAAACAGCUGCUUUCAGAUCAUGAACUCACAAAGUAA